GCCGGGGAGCAGCGCGGGAGGGCGGCGCCGCCGCCGCCUCAUCCUCCCCCAGCCGUUCACCCCAGCAUGGAGGUACCCCCUGCAGCGGCCGGCGAGCCGGCGGCCUGGGCGGCGGAGGCGGCGUUUGCGGAGCCGGAGCUGGGCUCGGAGGAGCUGGAGACGGCGACGGGAGGCGCGCUGGACCGCGUCCUGCUCGAGUCGGUUUGCCAGCAGCAGGGCUGGGUCCGCGUCUAUGAUGUGAAAGGACCACCUACACACAGGCUGUCCUGCGGCCAGUCCCCCUACACCGACACCACCACAUGGGAGAGGAAAUACUGCAUCCUGACAGACAGCCAGCUCGUGCUGCUCAACAAGGAGAAAGAGGUGUUUAUGGAUGUGGUCCAGGAUCUACCAGCAGAUGUUCUCAAGGGGAGAUGCCUGCGCCGGACAGUGAGUGUCCCCUCCGAGGGCCAGUUCCCCGAAUACCCACCAGAGGGGGCCACCAAACUGGAGGUCCCAGCAGAGAGAUCUCCUCGCAGACGGAGCAUCUCCGGGACCAGCACCUCUGAGAAAACCAACUCCAUGGAUGCUUCAAAUACUUCUCCUUUCAAAGUGCCAGGCUUCUUCAGCAAACGUCUGAAAGGGUCCAUCAAGAGGACAAAGAGUCAGUCAAAGCUGGACAGGAACACGAGUUUCCGGCUCCCAUCUCUCCGCAGUGCUGAUGACAGGUCACGUGGGCUGCCCAAGCUGAAAGAGUCUCGCUCGCAUGAGUCUUUGCUGAGCCCAGGCAGCGCCGUGGAGGCUCUGGAUCUCGGGGCAGAAGAGCAAGUCUUUGUCAAACCUCUUCACAGCAGUAUCCUUGGACAAGACUUCUGCUUUGAGGUGACUUACUCCAGUGGCAGUAAAUGCUUCAGUUGUUCCUCUGCAGCAGAGAGGGACAAGUGGAUGGAAAACCUACGCAGAACAGUGCAGCCGAAUAAGGACAACUGCCGCCGAGCUGAGAAUGUGCUCCGUCUCUGGAUCAUCGAGGCGAAGGACCUGGCCCCCAAGAAGAAGUACUUCUGUGAGCUGUGCCUCGAUGACACCCUCUUUGCCCGCACCACCAGCAAAACAAAAGCAGAUAACAUUUUCUGGGGGGAGCACUUUGAGUUCUACGGCCUCCCCCCUCUCCACAGCAUCACCGUGCACAUCUACAAGGACGUGGAGAAGAAGAAGAAAAAGGACAAGAACAACUACGUAGGGCUGGUGAACAUUCCCAUGGCCAGCGUAACCGGGCGCCAGUUCGUGGAGAAAUGGUACCCAGUCAGCACACCCACCCCCAGCAAAGGCAAGGCAGGGGGACCCUCCAUUCGCAUAAAGUCUCGGUACCAGACCAUCACCAUCCUGCCCAUGGAGCAGUACAAGGAAUUUGCAGAGUUUGUUACCAGCAACUACACCAUGCUGUGCUCCGUGCUGGAGCCUGUGAUCAGCGUCAGAAACAAGGAGGAGAUGGCCUGUGCUUUGGUGCACAUCCUGCAGAGCACCGGGAGAGCCAAGGACUUCUUGACAGAUCUGGUGAUGUCUGAGGUGGAUCGUUGUGGGGAGCAUGAUGUCUUGAUCUUCAGGGAGAACACACUUGCUACCAAAGCUAUUGAGGAAUACCUCAAGUUGGUAGGGCAGAAGUACCUGCACGAUGCACUAGGGGAGUUUAUCAAGGCUUUGUAUGAGUCAGAUGAAAACUGUGAAGUGGACCCCAGCAAAUGUUCAUCCAGUGAAUUAACAGAUCAUCAGAGCAACCUGAAAAUGUGCUGUGAGCUGGCCUUCUGCAAGAUUAUCAAUUCCUACUGCGUGUUCCCUCGUGAGCUGAAGGAGGUGUUUGCAUCGUGGAAGCAGCAGUGCCUGAGCAGGGGCAAGCAGGACAUCAGCGAACGCCUGAUCAGUGCCUCCCUCUUCCUCCGCUUCCUGUGCCCUGCCAUCAUGUCUCCCAGCCUCUUCAGCCUGAUGCAGGAGUACCCCGACGACCGGACAUCUCGCACCCUCACGCUCAUCGCCAAAGUCAUCCAGAACCUCGCCAACUUUGCUAAGUUUGGUAAUAAGGAAGAGUACAUGGCCUUCAUGAAUGACUUUUUGGAACAUGAGUGGGGAGGAAUGAAGCGCUUCCUCCUGGAGAUCUCUAAUCCAGAUACCAUCUCAAACAUGCCUGGAUUUGAGGGCUACAUCGACCUGGGCCGAGAGCUCUCAGUCUUGCAUUCCCUCUUAUGGGAGGUUGUGUCCCAACUUGAUAAGGGUGAAAAUUCCUUCCUACAGGCGACCGUGGCAAAGCUGGGACCUCUGCCUCGGAUUCUUGCCGAUAUCACCAAAUCAUUGACCAACCCUACGCCGAUACAGCAGCAGCUGAGGCGUUUCACUGAGCACAACUCUAGUCCAAACGUCAGUGGCAGUCUCUCCUCAGGGCUUCAGAAGAUAUUUGAGGACCCCACUGAUGGUGACUUUCCUAAGCUGAAGUCUCCAACACAGGAAAACGGAGAUGGGUAUUUUAGGGGCAAGACCUUGCUGUUGGUUCAGCAGGCAUCCACCCAGAGCAUGACUUACUCGGACAAGGAUGAAAGGGAAAGCCUUUUGCCCAACGGCCGCAGCAUCUCUCUCAUGGACCUCCAGGACCCUCACUCGGCUCACAGCGACCACGCUUCUGUAAUGCACGACGUGCCUUUGCGCUUGGCCGGCAGCCAGCUCUCCAUCACGCAGGUGGCCAACAUCAAACAGCUGUGGGAAACUCAGAGCACACCCCAGAGUGCUCCCCAGGUGAGAAGGCCUCUGCACCCAGCUUUGAACCAACAGGGCAGCCUCCAGCCUCUGUCCUUCCAGAACCCAGUUUACCACCUCAACAACCCACCCCCAACCAUGCCCAAGGCCUCUGUGGACUCCAGCCUGGAGAACCUGAGCACUGCCAGCUCGCGGAGCCGAAGCAACAGCGAAGACUUCAAGCUCAGCGGCCCCAGCAACAGCAGCAUGGAGGACUUCACCAAGCGCAGCACGCAGAGCGAGGACUUCUCCCGGCGCCACACGGCCCCAGACAAGCAGGUGCCCAUCGCCCUGCCCCGCCAGAACAGCAGCAGCCAGGCGCAGAUCCGCAAGAUGGAUCAGGCCGGGCUGGGCGCCAGGGCCAAGGCGCCGCAGUCGCUGCCGCACAGCGCGUCCCUGCGCAGCACGGGCAGCAUGUCGGCCGUGUCGGGCGCCCUGGCCGCAGAGCCCCUGCAGAACGGCAGCCGCUCCCGCCAGCAGUCCUCGUCCUCCAGAGAGAGCCCUGUCCCCAAGGUGAGGGCCAUCCAGAGGCAACAGACACAGCAGGUUCAGUCGCCUGUGGACUCUGCCACAAUGUCCCCAGUGGAAAGGACAGCUGCGUGGGUUCUCAAUAAUGGACAGUAUGAAGAAGUGGAGGAGGACACAGAGCAGAACCCAGAUGAAGCCAAGCACGCUGAGAAGUAUGAACAAGAGAUAGCAAAGCUGAAGGAGCGCCUCAAAGUGUCGAGUCGCCGGCUGGAGGAGUACGAGCGGCGACUCCUGGUGCAAGAGCAGCAAAUGCAGAAGCUGCUGAUGGAGUACAAGUCGAGGCUGGAAGACAGCGAGGAGAGACUGCGCAGGCAGCAGGAGGAGAAGGACAGCCAGAUGAAAAGUAUCAUCAGCAGACUCAUGGCAGUCGAAGAGGAGCUGAAGAAGGAUCAUGCAGAGAUGCAAGCUGUCAUCGAUGCGAAGCAGAAAAUCAUUGAUGCACAGGUCAUAAAUGGGGAUGAGAUAAUUCCAACAGGAGAAGCGGAUCGUGUCCCUGGACUCUGCCAACACGCGCCUGAUGAGUGCCCUGACGCAAGUGAAGGAGCGCUACAGCAUGCAGGUCCGCAAUGGCAUCUCCCCCACCAACCCCACCAAGCUUUCCAUCACGGAGAAUGGUGAAUUCAAAAACAGCAGCUUCUAAGCGGGCAGGUGCCGCCAGCCAUCACCCCGCCAGAGAGGGGCCGGAGAGGGAGCAGAAACCUGCAAAAGCAGCCCCCACCCCUGCCCCUUCCCCUUCCCCUUGACCAGGUUUACAUAAUGCUGCUAAGAAAACGGAAAGGAGAGAGAAGAACUUUGAAAGGUGGGCUUGAAACUCCCCUGCUGCGGGCCAGGAGAGCCAGGCUCCCAGGAACAAGUCCUUCCAUAUCACUGUGUAAAUACAGGGAGCUGUGGGGUCGUGUACAGAAGCCGCCGCUGUAAUAUACCCAAAGGAAGUGAAUACUGUAGAUUUUUUUAAUUAUUGCUAUUUUUAUUAUUAUUUUCCCCCCCUCUUGUUGAAAGCACUGCAGCCCUUGGAGGAGGAGGAGGGGAGUGUGAGUGCAUGCGUGUGGUGGGUGCGAGUGAGAUGAGCAGUGGGUUCCAUUAGGCAGCAGCUGUCUCUAUCAGGCUGGCUGACAGGUGAGUGGAGUGAGACAGGAGUGGAAUGAAUUCUAGGAGAAGACUCCUCUGCUGGGUUUCUUCCCCUCUUCUCUAGCUGUUCUUUAACCCAAUGCAAGCUCAAUAGCAAACAUUUUUGCAAGGAAAUUGGCUCUUGCUGCAUCCUCUGCCUCCUUUUGGUAGGACUCUGGGGAAAAUAAUGCCAGCCUUUGUGAACAAGGUCAAAACCUGGAGCAGCAAAGCUUAUUUCCCUGCAUUUGCACACAGUCAGGCUUCCCAUCAGACAGAGAGAGGGAAUCUGCAGGUUUUUAAGGUAGGAUUCGUUUGGUUUUGCCCUGCUUUUAAAGCAGUUUUUCUGGUUUGAGGAUUUAGAGAGCUGUAAAUACUUGGUUUAAAACUUUCUGUCCGUCCCCCACUUCAUGCUCCCUGCAGCAGCACCCUGAACUCAUCCUCUGUGCUCCACUGCAACAGGCAGAUCUGUGCUGCGAGGACAGAGCUGAACCAAGGGUGCCCUGGCAAAGGAGGCUGCCCUAAGCAACAUUUCCUUUCUCCUGGAGGAUUUCUAUGGCUGUGUCAUUUCUGUAGUACAGUACAAGCACUCUGGUAGCAUUUCUGUACUCUGCUAUAGUUCCUAGAGUACAGAACUCGUCUCGCCCAGGAGCUCAGCCAGUCUAGUUGCACUGAAGGUUGCUUUCUGCCUGUUUGCGUUAGAAGAUCUUCCAUUGCCACUCGAAAUUUCUUUCUCUAGAUAUUUAAAGAGGGUUUUUUUGAAGUUCUUUACUGGGAUUUUUUUAAGGAGUUUUGGCUAAGCUUUCAUCUCCAGUUCCUUUCAGUUGCCUUUCGGAGUCGCAUACUUACAGGCUGUAACGUGGAUGCUGUUGUAAUUACCAAGUCACCUUCCUGUGGAAGAUGAUGGAAUGCACAAACUGGGAAAGAUUAAGAGCAAAGGACACAGUAUUGUCAAUCCUCAUGAUUUCCUCAGAUGCUACAGUACUUGGUCUGAGAGGGGCUUUUAAAAGCCUCAGGUUGUGGAGUGAUGUGAAUCUCCCCUUUCACUUUGUUUGGCUCUAGAUUUUUGGCUCACGAGUUCUCCAAUAAAGGAAAACUAUUCCAAGAGCAGCUGAAAUUUCUCAUUGCAGAAUUACCCUACUGGCAGAGGGUCACUAACCAUGAAAACAUCUCAUGGACAUUAAAAAUUGGAAAGGCUGAUUUCAAAAGCAGGCAAUACUUUGGGAAGGUGCCUUACUGCAGGCUGUGUUUAGCAGACAGUUCAGGCUGGAACUCCUGCAGUAUGAAGAGGUCUGAGAUCAUAGACUCACAGAAUCAACCAGGUUGGAAGAGACCUCCAACAUCAUCCAGUCCAACCUAUCACCCAGCCCUAGCCAAUCAACCAGACCAUGGCACUAAGGGCCUCAAUCAGAUGAUGAUCUGAUUGUUCUCUCUGGCUUUAGUUUCUGAGUCUCUACAAUUUGUUCUCCAUGAAAAACGCAGAGAGACAUUUCUGAGCCAAUUUCCUCACUUCCUGAAAGUGACCCCCUUGAACACUGAAGGAUUGGCAAUACUGAGGACCCAAAUUCAGUGUCUGUGGUCAGGCUGGUUUGUGCUUGGGAUGUGAAUCCAUCUCGCUUCUGUGGGCAAAUGCAGCUUGUGAGAGGGCACAGGAUGUUAACUUCACUUAAAUCACACAAGUUAUGUUACUGACUAUGCAUAAUCACAGAGGCCACAUCUCUGCACCGCAGGAUGUGCAAGAAAGACGUGUUGGAACCUCUCCUAGCAGCACCUUGGCUCUUCAUUUACAUCUCAAGAAGGCUCUUCUGCAGCAAGUCAGGAUUAAUAUUUAAUGCUAAGUUCCUUUGGAUGAAAGCUUCCCUGGCUGUUCAAAUGUGAGUUGGUCCUACAGGCCAAGGAGCACCUCUGUUUCGUUCUUGGAGUGUCGCAGCCAAGUCAGCCCCGUGUGACACACGCGGGGCUGUGCUCUGCGUCUGCUCAGUAGUCAAUUUCUUUCCCAUACUUCCCAAACUGUCUUCCAGCUCCAGGUCACUGCUGACCUCUGAUACUUGCUUCCUCAAGCUGUGCCUUUAAGUUCCUCCUCCUUUCCUUGUUCCUUCAUGCCCCACAGCUGUAGGCAGCCUAUGGAGUUUGCAUUACUCUGUGUGCAAGCAGCUCUCUUUUACAAGAAACCUCUGCAAACCCAUUGGCACUGAGGGGUUUUGCACGACCUGCAUCUCCCCUUUGCUGCACACUGUAACUGCAGAACUGGGUGGUGGGCAGUGUGUUCCCCAAAGCAGCCUUUCCAGAUGGGCGUCUGCACUGCCCCCUGACUACAGUAUGGGUGUGCUGAGAUGUGAGAGCAUGUGGUGGUGGGAGUGCAUUGGCCAGAGCAAGGCAGGAGCAGGUAUCUCCUUCUGGUAGCCUUCAUUUGGGAAGCAUGUUCCACCAGAGCCCUGCAGCUUGCUGUUAAUCAGCUAGAGAUCUCUGGCUGGACUGUGUGGUUUGGUGCUGAAGAUUCCAAGGUGUCCACUUUGGUUAUUGCAAGGAAAGGCAACUGAGGUAGCAGUUCAGACCUGACUCUUAAAGGGGAAAUAACAUCUGCCCCGUGACUGAGAUGUUUGGGUGAGGUCUUCAGGAGUAUCAUUCUAACAAUGUACCUUCUCUGGAGUAUUUCUUAAGCUGCUGUUGCAGAAGAGCCUGGCCCAUUGGCGUGGUCCUCACAGCGUGUUGCUAGGAUGGUUGUUUUUCUUCCAUUUUAGUUUCUACCCUAAAGUGCAAAGUGUGGUCCUCUGCCUCGCACAACAGGGGAGUAGCUGCCUGCUGACCUGAGAGGGGGUGAAGGUUGCAGACACGCAGCGCUGCGCGGCUCAAACUGAUCAGCUGCAGGACAAACCGUUCCACUCCCGAGUUCUGCAGGCAGCUGUCUCUCCUGCUUUGUUCCCAAGCAGCUCCCCAGAGACACUGUUCCGGGCGCCUUGAGCUGACAGUGUGUGAAAAUGCCAGCCUCUGUUUCGUUCAGUCUGAGGAAAUUCGAGUGGCACUGAACCACGUGGCAGCCAAAAGCUGUGUCUGUGGCAGAGCAAGGCACUGGGCACGACUGCCGUUGGUCUGAGACUAGAAGCCAGUGGGUUUAUGCAGCACUGAGCAGGGAGAAGGCUGAUAAUGAGUGUUACGAGGUUCAUUCUUCUAAUCAAAGCAUCAGGCUGUGUCCAGUGCCACUGCAAGGAGCUACUGCUCUCAUUUGAGAACACAGGGAAAAUGUCAUGGCCUGCUGGAGUAGUGUUCCUGUAGUCCUGAGGUUUGAGCCAUCCUCUGGCAUCUCAGUCUUUGCCAGCCAUAUCACUCAGUACUGUUUCAGGAUGAUUCUUCCUAAGCCUCAAAGCCACUCAGGCUUCUGAGUUGCCACUGAAAGCUCAUCCAGCACAGCAGGACAUGGGCAUGGAACAGUGCUUUGGAGCGCUCUUCUGUAUGAUGUGAGGUAGACACCUCACAAAAAGCCUGUGAAGAAGAGAAUGACACAGGACAGGCGCUAGUGGAGGAGAGAAAGGAGCACAGCCUGGGAGUGGCAGCCUGUAGAUGCCCUUUCUUUGCAGCUCCAGGGAUUCAGAGCUUUUUUUAAGGGAGAUGGAUGGCACAUCUAAUUGCUAACUGCCUGGCGUAUCAGAACGGGCCAGAGAUUCACACAGCUGCUCAUUGUGCAGCACUCCAACAGCAUAACUCAGGCAGGGGAACCAGAAGGCUGUGGAAAGGGAUGUGUGCAUUUUCUAGUUAAAGAAUAUGAGCUGCAUCCAGAUAGGAAUUCUCUAUCCACCUCCUAAAUUGUCCAAGACCUUCUUGCACUCACUUUGGGUCAGCUUAGGCUUUUGGUUUUUCAGUUACAUGACACUGAUUUCAUGUGUUACUGCUUGCUUAAACCCACUGGCUUUUAACUUCCUCUGAAAACUCAGUGAUUGAAGCCCCUCAGUUUUACAGCAGUGCCCCUGCAAUGUGCUGGGGUCACCCUGUCUGUGUGUGCUGCAGAACUGUGUCCUUCCCAGAGAAUUCCUUCCUCUCUGAGCUGAGCUGUUAAAUGUAUUUGGUCAGUGACUGGCAUGGUCAGCCACAGCCAUCUGGCUGAGCCUGACAGAGCUAAAAAGGGUUAAAUUUUAGGCUGAUGCUUUUAGGUUUUUCCUUCUCCACAGUAAGUUAACUCCCAUCAGAGCAAGCAUGUCAUUACAGGUCAUGCCUGCAAGGAAUCCUACCUGUAAAAAUAGAUUUUCUGUCUCAAGGGCCUUAAUAAGAGUGUUACUACACAGAACUGUUUUACAAUGAUAGCUCUAAAUAAUUUAUUUUUUAUUUCAACAAAGUACACCUUAAGAAGUACUAAAACUUGUUUUUCAAGCCGUAUUUUUAUGCUAGUAGCACUGGACUGUUUGGUCUCUCAGAUCCAUUUCUGCAUUUCAUUGCCUGGGUUUGUUCUAAAGAAGAUUUAUUUUUGUUCUGUGAAUAAUUUUUGAAGGUUCUUGUAAUAUGUACAGAUACAGAUACAUUUGAGGUCUUUUAUUGAUAUUCCUACAAAGAAUACAAAUAAACUUUAACUUUAAACA